UAUUAUAUACUAUAUACUAUAUUCUUUAACUUUUUUGGUUACAUUCACACGACGUUCAUGUUUAUGAAUAUAAAAAUUCAUACUUACAAUGGAAGAGUGGAACUUCACGUCUUCAAUAAUUUACUGUAGCUUGUCCCGCAAUACAUACAUAUACAAGUGUUAUCUUCAGCUCCCUUUCGUGGCGAAAACAGAUUUCUGGGAGAAGAUUGGUACGAGAAUAAAACCUCUGACUGCUUCUAACCGCGAUAUUGCGCAAGUGCGCUCAGAAUGGGAAGAAUCUGUAAUUGCUAAUAAAAAAUUUCUAGCAGAUCUCUUUUUUACUAAACAUUUUGAUGACUCAGAGAUUUUCUUUGUUCGCGGUAUAUCAGCGAUAACCUGUAAAAGAAGCGAACCCUUUUUUCCCAUCCAUCAUUUGACCACGGAAAACACUUAAAUUGCUGCAACUGUCAUUCACUUCCCGACGUUGUGUAUUUCCCGCUGUCUAUACACCGCUAUACACCGCGAAAAAUCUAAGAAAGGAUUGGUUGGCAUAUUAAAUAAAUCACUGCGAGGGAGUAUGCUCGAAGAGCGAAGUUUGCCCCCUGAAAGUCCGCUCGCCACUCGCGUCUCAACCGUCGUAGAAAGAUGUACGUAUUCGACGAUCGCAACCAUAAAUUUAAUCAAACUCUUCUGAAGCUCCUUGGUCUGUGGCCUUACGGGAGAACCAAGUUUCAGCGUUUACGCGCAAUCUGCUUCUUCGUAUUACUCCUUUCUUAUGUAGUGGUUCAGCUGGCGCAAUUUGCUGUAGCUGACAUUGAUUCAGAUGCCGUUAUUCGAAUUCUUUCGGAUGCGUUGCCGAGUACCGGUUAUUUCAUAAAAUUUACUCUCUUUUUCUACAAUGACGAAACGACGAAACAAAUGCUGAAGCAAAUAACGAACAACUGGCGAAUGUUGACGGACAUGCGAGAAAUUAAAAUAGCGGAAUAUUAUGCUCGUCGAGGAAGACACGUCACGAUUUUUCUCACGUCGUCCGUGAUGCUGGGUGUGUUUGGUUUCAUAGUAAUGGAGAUGAUGCCGGACAUCCUCGACUUUGCCUUGCCACUCAACGAGUCGCGCGUACGUUAUCUGCCGCCCAUGAACGAAUACCGCGGAUAUCAAGGGGCGUAUUUCUACCCUAUUUUCUUAUAUGUUAAUAUAAGUAUCAUUAUUGGCGGCCUUACGGUCGCCUCUGUUGGUUCGAUGCUUAUAGUGAUCGUAUUGCACUGCUGCGCGAUACUCAAGAUUUCCAGUUACCGCAUGGAACACAGUGUGAGCGAGGAAAUAAUAGCACGCCCCGAUAGGGAGCACUUGAUAAUCGAAAGGAUCAUCAAGUCGGUGAAACUUCAUCAAAAUGCGCAAAACCUCAUCGAAAUGUUGAUGUCGCGUUUAUCGGUGUUUUUCCUCACAUUAUUAACGUUGGGGAUUAUUUCUUUGAGCAUAAAUUUAUUUAGAGUAAGUACAAAUCUCUUUUCUCGUAAUUUCUAAUAUUUAAUCUAAUAAUAAUUAAUGCACCACGAGAUCGCCGGAAAUCGCGUCAUACGUGCAUUAUGCAUACGAAUAUGUUAUUUCUGAACUCAUUUCUAUUACUGGGUUGUUCGGAAAG